AGAAUUACCAACAAAUAAUAAUGCUAAAGGAUUCAACCAAUAUAUAGAAAAACAAAAAAAAAUACGUAAACAAACGAUUGAAGAUAUCAAAGAACAAAUCAAACCAAUAAAUGAAAUCAUUAUCGACACGUUUGUUAAUUCAGGAAUCGCACCACAUAUAAUCAAAGAACUUUAUAACACAAUUCGAGAUAGUCAAAAGAAAUCAUUCAAGAUGUGUUUUACUCCUUGCAACAUCUAUAUUUAUGGUGACUCGAGAACGGGAAAGGAUUACUUGACACAAAUACUUUUUCCUGAUGCAUAUCACAAGUUACAGAAUGACGGCAAAUGGUUCGAAGAAUAUGACGAAAACAAAGUUUUCGUGUUUGAUGAUUUUUAUUGUCACAAUAUGGAGUUCUCAACUCUGUUGACAUUAAUCGAUAACAAACCACAUACCGUACAAAAAAAAGAUGGGCAUCUGAACUUUUGUUCAUUUGUAAAUAUAUUCAUGUCAAAUACAUCUUUGCGAAAUCAAUAUGUCUAUUUCGAAGAUACCCCGUAUUUUGGAAAUGAGACU